AAUGAAUGAAGUCAGAGAGUUCUGUCCCUCAUCACCUCCUGACUCCACCUCCUCCUCCUCUCCUCAUGCACAUGCACGCACACAUGCACACCCAUGGGCUGAGAGUGGAGGGAAAAAGGGCUACUCCUCCUCGCUUGUCCUCCUCCAUUCACACAGAGCGCUCUGAGCAGAGACGCAUCUCUCCCCUGAAUGGACUCCAUAUGAGGUGAGACAGUCUGGAUGGAAGCAGGAAGUAAUUUUCUGUGAAGCGUUUCGUCUUUUCUCGCUGAGAAGCUGCAGUGACUUGUCAUCAUGAACUUCCGUCAGACCUGAGGAGCUCGUGGGGGAAACCGGUCUUGCAUCAGAUGAUCUAGAGAAGACUCCUGAGGCGUUCCCUUCGCUGGUUGUUUCCAAAGGUGGAGAACAUCUGAAAAGUUAAAAUUGCCUACUUUUUGUCCUCUUCACCCCCCUGGACCACGAUGGGUUCAGACGUUCGUGACCUGAACUCCCUGCUGCCCCCGGUCCCGGCGGGCCCCAGCCCCGGCUGCCCGGCCCUGCCCGUCAGCACGGCCCCUCAGUGGGCUCCUGUCCUGGACUUCCACCCUGCUGCCUCCCCGUACUCCUCCCUGGCCGCACCACACUCCUUUAUCAAGCAGGAACCCAGCUGGGGGGCCGCCAGCGACCCACACCACCUUGAUUCGGACCCCCACUGCGGCCUCAGCGCCUUCACCGUGCACUUCUCAGGACAGUUCACAGGCACCGGAGCUUGCAGGUACGGAGCGGCAUUCGGGGCGCCGCCUCCUCCACCUACAGCUCCGAGCCAGCCGCCACCUGUGGCGGCACCACACCACCAUCAGCCCCCCAGCAGGAUGUUCAGCAACCCACCAUAUCUGACCAACUGCAUGGACACUCAGCCAGCAGCUCGCAACCAGACAGGUUACAGCGCAGUCGGAUUCGAUGGAGCCGGUAAUUACGGCCACACUCCCACGCACCACAGCUCGCAGUUCUCCAGCCACUCCUUCAAACAUGAAGAUGCUUUGGCCCAGCAGAACACAAUGGGUGAGCAGCAGUAUCCUGUGCCUCCUCCGGUGUAUGGAUGCCACACACCUUCAGACAGCUGCACAAGCAGCCAGGCUCUGCUGCUGAGGAACCCCUACAACAGCGGAGAGAAUUUAUAUCAAAUGACCUCUCAGUUGGAGUGUGUGGCAUGGAAUCCUGUCAAUACACUGGCAUCCACCAUAAAGAGUCAUGCAGCUGGCUAUGAUAGUGACCCCAGCACCCCGAUGGUGUACAGCUGCAGCACGCAGUACCGCAUACACACACACGGAGUCUUCCGAGGCAUUCAGGAUGUGCGGCGGGUCCCCAGCAUCGCUCCUGCUAUAGUUCGCUCAGAAAGCAGUGAGAAGCGGCCGUUCAUGUGCGGCUACCCAGGAUGCAACAAGCGCUACUUCAAGCUGUCCCACCUGCAGAUGCACAGCCGCAAACACACAGGUGAGAAACCUUACCAGUGUGAGUUCACGGACUGCGGCCGCCGUUUUUCCCGUUCUGACCAGCUCAAAAGACACCAGAGGAGGCACACAGGAGUUAAACCGUUCGAAUGCGAGACGUGUCAGAGAAAGUUCUCUCGGUCUGACCACCUUAAGACACACACACGGACUCAUACAGGUAAAACAAGCGAGAAACCGUUUAACUGUCGGUGGCCGAACUGCCAGAAGAAGUUCGCCCGGAGCGACGAGUUGGUGCGACACCACAACAUGCACCAGAGGAACCUCACCAAGCUCCAGCUGUCCAUCUGAGCCUCUGCAGAUUCUAAGUUUUAAAGGUUCUCCAGUAGUGUGUGUUCUCCAUUUUCAUUCAAGUCACCCCCAAAGACGCACAUUUCUGUAACACCCCCUCAGAGCAAGUCAGUCACCUAACUGAGAAGUGAAAUUUAACGUUUCUGCAAACUUUUUACUAUAUUAGUUUCCCACAACUCAUUUGCUGAAGUUGGGUUUUAGAACGACAAUGGAGACUUAAAAAUAAUCUGUACAUUUGUCUUGAGAAAAUGUCAUCAUACGUGGGUUUUAGCUUGAUGUUCAUCUCUGAAGAAAUGUAGAAACCUUUCAGAUUUAUGUAGCAUCCUACAGAGUAUUUCCAGCUGAAGUCUACAGACAAUGUUUUUUGAAAAUAUAAAUGUCCCAAAAUAACUGACAUUUAAGGAACAUUUUUAUCUGUUUUUUGUGAAACUAUUUAGAAUAUGCAGGAAUAAAUUCUGGUUUGCUUUAAAGACCCACUCUGAUAAUCUUGAGCUAUUCUAACAGCGUUCCCAGUGGUCUUUUAAUUAGGAUUAUGAUGUUUUUAACUAAAAUCAAAAACCUGUGUUGUUUUCUAGGACAUAGUUUCUGCAGAGCGACAGGAGUUUAUGUGGAGAAAACCUGCCUUCCAUUCCUGUUGCUGAGAACUUUCUGUUUACAUGCUCUCCUGCUAAUUUACAGCCCUCGCAAUCCCAACCCAAAAUUAUCGGAGCAACAAAAACGCGAGCAAUAUUGAAGCUUUUCAGCCGUCCAGUUUUGAUGCCAGUGGAUGCAUCAGAAUGGAGUGGAGCAGGGAGCUUGUGUAAUUUUUACGUAACAAAUUCAAAUUUUCAAAACUACAUUUUUUAUCUUCUCAUAAAUCAUAAAAAAUUGAAUAAAUAGAAAUGCUUAAUUUUUUCUUAUAUAUGUCCUCCAUUGUCGGUAAAAUAUCACAAGAACAUGUUAAAAUCACCAAAAACAUGUUUUUCAUCAGAGUGGAUCUUUAAUCCCAGAAUGGAAAAAUCCUUGAAGAAAAUUGUAUUAAAUAAUUGGCAAAAAAGUAAAGCAUGGAGUGGAGUUUAAUGCACUAUUUUGGUAUUGUUUAUAUAAAGAAGUCAAAAUAGAAAAAUAGAUAUAAGGCAAAAAUGUAUAUUUUAUUUGUAUAAAUUCACCCUGGCAACUAAAUCAAUGUUCGCUCUGAGGGAAAGACUAAAUUUAAUUGAUCUGUUUGAAGGUUAAGCUGAAAUUUUCUGUCAAAUUCUUUAUUUAAGUGAAUUUUGAAACAGAUUUCCAAACAAACUUUAAAGCUGUUAACCUGCAGGUUUUGCUGAACAUGAAUCCGGUUUCAGAUCUCUUCACUUAGAAUGAAACGUUAGUCCCGCCGCAGCAUUUAUCAGAGUUCAUACGAUUCCAUAUUGUAGAUUCAGGCAAAUGUAAAUAUAAAACCAACGCUUCAAAAUGUAAUGAUGUUCGGUGAGGUCAAAGGUCGCCUUGUUCAUGUUGUAAAUAUCUCUUAGGUGAAUCUACUUUGAGAAGUCGUAUUUAUUCAACGCUUUGUGGAGUAAGAUUUUUCACUGGAAUAAUUUGAGGAAAUUUUAUGUUUUCUCCUGUAAACUCUCAUAAAUGAUUAACUCGCAUUUUUAUUUUUUUUUACUUUCAGAACUUAAAAAAAAAAGUUGAAUCUUUGACGCUUCAUUUUGUGUCUUUCUGUAUGUAAAUACAGCAUAAUUGAGUGUUUUCAAGCUUUAAAAUAUGCCUGCUGGGUCACACUGGCCCUGCGGCCCAGACACGAGCAUGGAGAUGUAAAUAAUCCUUCUUCACCGUGGAAAUGAGCUCUCUGCAUGGGGAGAAGACAUCUAACUUAAAUGAUAUCUCUCGUUUGGAUGCAGAAACUGUUUAUAUUCUGUUUUUGUUCUUUCCCUGAUGUGUUAUUAUUAUAUUUGGGUCACACAAAAAAAAUGUGUGUGAAACAUUUUGUACCCAGAGGUUUGAGAUGAUGGAAAAAUGAUGGUUUCUGUCUGUUAAAUAUAUUGUGACUGUUUUUCUACAAAUCAGGUCUCCAAUUCACAUGUGUCUCUUAUGUUUUGUGUUCAUAAAUUCUCCACCUGAA